GCACUCGGAAAGCGGCGGCGCGAAGGAGUACGUGAGGGCGGUGGAGGGCAAGCUCGGGGAGCUUCACUGGAGGAAGCAGCAGGAGAUAGAAGCGGCGUCGAUGGUGAUGUAGCAGCAGCGGAUGAGGAGAGGAGGGGAGAGGGAGGCGGUGGUGAUGAGUCAUCGCUGUCACACCAGGCACCAAUAUAUGCAUAA